GUCCUUAGUAACCGAGGUCAUUACGAUUAGUCUAGCAUGUACUCUGUAGGUGGUAUGGGUAUGCUACUGAAGAGGUGAAGUAGUAGUGACGUCACCGGGCAGUCGAACGAACCGCCGCAGAAAAGCCAGGAACUCAGCAAGAAACUGCAGAGAAACCUCGACUGUUGACAGGAACAGUCCCACAACCAAGGUCCUGCGUAGAUCAUGUCAGCCCCUUCAGCGGUCCUACCAUUGGCCCAGGCCUGGAAAUACGACGUGCCUGGAGACUCCGUCCAUCGCUGACAUCAUGGAGCACUGGCUUCAGACCGUAACCUGUUGCAUCAUUGUCGAGUCCAGACUCCUGUCCCUGAACGGAUGCUACUAAUGCUUAGAAAUUCAGAGCUCCAAUUGGAUCCGUGGGGAUCCGGCUAUAUAGGGUCUUGCUUGCCCACCCUGCUGCUGGAAAUUAGUCCUCACAGUUAGGAGUCCGAAUCCUACCAUCAGCCUUCUACAAUGUCUGCCAAACAGGCUGAUCUAAGCCGAGAUACGGUCGAGCUCUCUGGAGCCCAACCCAUGACCACCGACUAUGGGAUCAAAAUCUCGGAUCCCGAUCAUUGGCUGAGAGUGGUGGAUGCCCAACACAACGGCCCCUCGCUGUUGGAGGAUCCGAUUGCGCGGGAAAAGAUCAUGCGCUUCGACCACGAACGUAUCCCAGAACGCGUCGUCCACGCACGUGGAGCAGGAGCCUUUGGAACCUUCAAGCUCCACAAGGCUAUUCCUGAGCUCAGCUCUGCUGGUGUUCUCAAUGACACGUCUCGGGAGACUCCCGUUUUCGUGCGCUUCUCUACCGUCCAGGGCAGCAGAGGCAGCGCGGACACCGUUCGUGAUGUUCGUGGCUUCGCCAUCAAGAUGUACACGUCCGAGGGAAACUGGGAUAUUGUUGGCAACAACAUCCCGGUUUUCUUCAUCCAGGAUGCCAUCAAGUUCCCCGACGUCAUCCACUCCGUCAAGCCAGAGCCUCACAAUGAAAUCCCACAGGGCCAGAGUGCCCACAACAACUUCUGGGAUUUCCAGUAUCUGCAUUCGGAAACCACACACAUGCAACAAUGGAUCAUGUCUGAUCGUGCCAUCCCCCGCUCGUACCGCAUGAUGCAAGGCUUUGGUGUCAACACUUUCUGCCUCAUCAAUGCGGAGGGCAAGCGCCACUAUGUCAAAUUCAUCUUCACCCCGGAGCUGGGUGUCCACUCCUUGGUCUGGGACGAGGCCUUGAAGAUCGCAGGCCAAGAUCCUGACUUCCACCGGAAAGACCUGAUGGACGCCAUUGAUGCUGGGCAAUAUCCCCGAUGGAAGUUCGGCAUCCAGGUGAUCCCGGAGGAGAGGAAAGACGACUUCGAGUUUGAUAUCCAGGACGCUACCAAGGUCUGGCCCGAGGAGCUUGUGCCAAUCGAGUAUAUUGGACAAUUGGAGCUUAACCGCAACGUGGACGAAUACUUCCCCCAGACAGAGCAGGUGGCUUUCUGCACGAGCCACAUCGUACCCGGCGUCGAUUUCUCAGACGAUCCGCUCCUCAUCGGCCGGAAUUUCUCAUACUUUGAUACGCAGAUCUCCCGCCUCGGCCCUAACUGGGAGGAGUUGCCUAUCAAUCGUCCUGUAUGCCCGUAUAUGAGCCUAGUCAACCGGGAUGGCCAGGCGAGACACCGCAUCACAAAGGGCAAGGUGAACUAUUGGCCCAAUCGGUUUGACACUAACCCCCCGUCCUCGCCAGCUCAGGGUGGGUUUGCCACUUAUCCUGAGAAGCAGCAGGGCGUGAAGGCCCGCGCGCUGUCGGAUAAGUUCAAAGAACAUUUCAACCAGGCCCAGUUGUUCUACAACUCCCUCAGCCCCAUCGAAAAGCUUCACGUUUCCAAGGCCUUCUCGUUCGAGCUGGACCAUUGCGACGAGGAGAUCGUGUACAAGCGCCUGUCGGAACGCCUGGCCGUUGUCGAUCUUCAGCUGGCGCAGGCCGUCGCUAAGAAUGUUGGUGGCGACACACCGACCAAGACACCCAAGGAAAACGACGGCAAGACCGGGAAAGGUCUGAGCCAGUUCGACUUCCUCUCCGACAAGGCUGGAAUCGCUACCCGCCGAGUUGCUAUUCUUAUCGCAGAUGGCUUCGACCUCGAAUCGUACAAGAGCAUGAAGAGCGUUCUGCAGAAGCAGAACGCAUUCGUCUUCACCAUUGGUUCCCAGCGGCAGGGCAUCACCUCCGAAUCGGGUGAGAAGGUAAUCCCUGAUCACCAUUUCCCUGGCAUGCGAUCCACUCUGUUUGACGCAGUGUUUGUCCCCGGAGGAAAGCAUGUUGGAGCGCUGGCCAAGAAUGGCGUUGCCAAAUUCUGGAUCACCGAGUCUUUUGCGCAUCUGAAGCCCAUCGCGGGAGUUAACGAGUCCGUGAACUUUAUUCGGAAGCAGAUCAACCUGGAUGCCAUCGAGUAUGCAUCAAGUGGGCAGGUGACGGAGAGUUACGGCGUGGUGACCGCUCAUGGCACACCGUCGGAGUUGCUGCAGGUCUCUUCCAACAUCAGCAAGGAUAGCAAGGGCUUCAUUGACCGGUUCAUCUGGCAGAUCUCACGGCACAGAAACUGGGCGAGAGAACUGGAAGGUUUGGUGGACGAGGUUGCUGCGUAA